GGGGUAGGUUGUUAUGAUGCAGUUGGAGAGGAUUUAUCAAAAUCUCCCAUGUUUUGAUGCUUGACUAUGGACCAUUUGGGACUCUCAUCUACCAUGGAUACUGUGGCUGGACCUGUCUCUCUCGCCUACCGGCAUUACUGUCCGGACCCCAGGCCAAGUGUCCAAGUCAAGUCUACUCCGUUUGGUCUAGAUCUGAAUUUCGAAGCCUUUAAAGGUGGAUCGACAGUCUGAUGGUCUUCCUGCGCUUCGAUCUUCUACGUGGACAGUACAUGUUUUCUGAGAAGCUAGCAGGUGCAUCACUAUGAAUCAUCCCGAAAUGUCUAACUCACAUGAUGAACCGGAGAAGCUACAAUAUUCAAAUGCAACACCGAUGUGUAGUUUACGUGAUGAACUGGAGAAGAAACUACAAGAUUCAGAUGCAACACCGAUGUGUCUUCGUCUAGAAUUUUUGAGAGCCAUCACAUGUGAUUUUUCGACUGAAUCGGAACUUGGUAGAGGUGGGUAUGGAGUUGUUUACAAGGGAGUUCUUCGGAGUGGUAAAAUUAUUGCGGUGAAGAAGCUUUUUGAAUUACAUCUAAAAGAGGAGAAUUUCCAGAAUGAGGUCAGUUAUCUUAUGGGUAUCAAGCACCGAAACAUAGUACAAUUUGUAGGUUACUGUGCAGAAUCGCAUUGGGAAGCGAUAGAGAAACCAAGUGGGAGUAAGAAGCAUAUCUUUGCUGAAGUUCCAAAAAGGUUACUCUGCUUCGAGUAUGUAUCCAACAAAGGCCUCGACAAACAUAUUUAUGAAAGAUCUUUGGACCUCAAGUGGAAUAUGAGAUAUGAGAUAAUCAAGGGGAUUUGCAAUGGCUUGUGUUUCCUUCAUGAUGAAUGCCGUAUCAUCCAUCUGGACCUUAAGCCUGAAAAUAUAUUGAUGGACUCUAAUAUGACACCAAAAAUUGCGGACUUUGGUCUGUCCAGGAUCUUUGGCGAACAGCAAUCACACAUUGUCACUGAUAAUCAUGCAGGAACGCGUGGAUAUAUGGCACCAGAAUACUUAAUUCAUGGCGUAAUCACUAAGAAGGCAGAUAUUUUCAGCUUGGGUAUUAUCAUCAUAGAGAUAAUUACAGGUCAAAGGGAGUAUCCUUAUUUUGACCUCGAUAGUUCCAAAAAUGCUGCUACAUCUUGUCAGCAUUUCAAAGAGAAAGUACUUAGAAGUUGGAGGAGCAAAUUUGUAUCCACAUCGAAGUAUAUAUCAAUGAAAAAAUAUAGCCAACAAGUAGAACUAUGCAUCGGCAUAGCCCUAACAUGUGUGGACCCUGCUAUGGAGAAAAGACCUACAGCAAAGGAUAUAGUCCAAGUGCUUAAUGCAGCAGACCAGAUGGAAGCCUGCGGAGGGUUACCUAUAGAAAUGCAGUGCAAGGACAAGUCACUGAUUCUAGACACUACUGUUAGCAAGGAGCACAGUAUCAUUGAAGAUGUAUUCAGCAAUGAGACAGAUGGUCAAAUGUGUGGGGUGAAGCAAUCACAGGAAGGUUUGUCACCAACAACGCCCUUGUGGGAGUCAAACAUACGCACUCAGAAUCACCAAGAGGUAGUAAACGAGUCCAGUAAGCCAGAACAAGCAAGUGACAAAACCAGUGAGAUUGAAGCCCACGAAAACUUGCCAUCAGAUAUGCAGUACACGGAAAAGUUGCUGGUACUAAACACUAGUGCAAGCAAAGAUCUCACAAUCCUGAGUGUCACAGAAGAUAUGUGCAACAGCGAGAUAGAUGGCAAAGUGGUAGACAAGACUGCAUCUGAGGGGUUUUCACCAACACCUUUAGUAGAGUUGAGGACCGAAAGUCCGAAUUAUCAAGAGGAAAUGAAAGCCGCUAGUGAGCCACAACUAGCUAGUGACACAACAUCUGCGGUGGAAGCCCGUGAAGAGUUUCCAUUAUAUACUGCGAGCAAGGAUCUCGCUCCCCAUAGUGUGACUGAAGAGAAUGUCAUGAACAAGACAGAUGGUAAAUUGGUGGAUGAGGCGAAAACAGCAUGCCAUACUGUGACUGAAGACAAUGUCAUCAAUAAGACAGAUGGUAAAUUGGUGGCUGAGGCGAAUUCUGAUGAGGAUUUGUCGGACCUUCCAUGGGGGCGAGCAGGGGUGGCUGCCCCGGGUCUCCGGCGGCGGAUUAAGGUACAUCCCCUGCCCAGCCACGAGCAGGCACAACAGGCUCAAGCAUCACCGCCGCCCGCUGCUUCGGUGUUUUUGCGAGAAUCGAGCAUAGGCAAUCAAAAUGAUCUAGGGGGAGCAAAGGAUUCCAGUGUGUCACAAUCAGCACAUGACACAACCACUGAGACUGAGGUAAUCACAGGCUCCAGUGCCCUUCCUGACGUUUGCCCGCUUGAGCUCCACUUUCGCUUCGAACCCGACAAGUUGAUCCCAUGCUCACUUGAAAUAACAAACAACACAGAUGAAAAUUUGUUACUUGUGCUCAUGAAGAAGGGCAAUGACCAGUCAUGCUUCUUAUGUCUGCCAUUGUAUGGAAUUGUUGCCCCGAGGUCCACUUACACUCUCGUUGUGACAAUGAAUAAACACAAAAACCUACCAAAAGAAAGAACUAUAGAUUUAAUCCUGCAGAGCAGUAUAAUUGGUUAUGAUUCAUUAUGUACUGAUGCCAAAUACAUUUGCGAAGAACAUUUUAAGGAAGCCGAAGAGACGGGGACUACGGUGCAUAAGGUUUCAUUGAAAGCUGUUUGUGCCCUACAAGCAGAGAUGCCAUUCGAGGCAAUGCCCCCUUUAAUAAAGAUCAUAUCGGUGGAGAAUACAGAUUCGAUCCAUUCCAUGGAUGCAAAUCAGACAGAUCCAUUAAUUUUAACAGGUUCAUUUGGGUAUGUUCACAUGCAUAACUAUGGCCUACAGAAAUCGGUAGGUUCGGUUGAAGCCUCAAGGUCGCAAAUAGUUUGUGUUAAAUUCAUUGCACGAAAGAGAUGGUUUGUGGCUGGGUCAAGUGAUGGUUUCGUCCAUGUGUACAAAUAUGAGAAUAAAAUGGAAAACAUCAUGAGUUUUGAAGCUCACAGUCUUGGUGUUUGUUCACUAGCCGUUCAUCCAACAAAGCCCUAUGUGCUGUCAGGAUCUCGUGCACAAAUAAAGCUUUGGGACUGGGACCAGCACUGGAGCUUGAAGUGCAUACAAACAUCUGAAGAACACUGGGGCUAUGUUUGUGGAGUCGCAUUUAACCCAGAAGACACCAACAGUUUUGCUAGUUUCACUGAUGGUUCGGAGGAUCACGCAAUACAGGUUUGGAGUCUUGAUUCUCCCGAAUGCAAGUUUACUCUUUCUGGGCAUUCGCGUAAUGUGAGGUGCCUGGAUUUCUUCACACGGGAUGGUCGGAAGUGUUUGGUUACUGGCUCUUUGGACAAGACUGCCAAGAUAUGGGACAUGCAGAAGAAUGCGUGCACUGGUACACUACCUCAUAGGUCCGCAGUUCUUUCUGUCGUUUCCCAUCCCAAUCUUCCAAUUCUAGUAACAGGUACAGAAGACGGCCAUGUUUAUUUGUGGUGCUCCAUUAAUUUCAGGCUCAAGAGGAUACUGAACAUUCAUGGCCGUGAAAGGGUCGAAGGUCUCGCAUGUUUGGCAGGGUCGCGAAGGGUCGCGGUUGCACAUAAUGACGCCCUAUCAGUGAUGGAAAUUGGCGAUGAAGAACAUGGUGGCGGCGAGGGCAAGAGUGAGGAUUCUGUAUCAGCAGCAGAUUGGAAAUCCUGUUGGAUACAAACGUCAAGAGCAUGCAUGCAAGAAAGAAAGAAAAAGCUAAAAAAUGCUGACACCAGCAUGAUGUAUUCUGAGGAGGGAGUCUCAGGUGCUACACAGCAAGCUCGGCUGAGAUCCACGGUCAUCCAAGGAGCCCCUGGACAUGCGUGUAAUUAAGGGACUUCUGACAGGCUUUUUGAAAAUUUAUCGGAGCACCUGAGAUGACCGUUGGACCUCAGAUCCAACGUUUCAGAAGCUCCUGGAGCACGGGAGAAUGCUCCCUCCCAUAGCACCUGAUAUUCUCAGGUAUUCUGAGAUCUGAAGAUUUGGCUGGUUGACUGCUUGGAGCACAACUAGGCAACUCUCUCGCCAAGAUUAACUCUUUCUACCCACGACGAAGCUGCAGGGAGUAGUUAGAGCUUGAGAGCAGAAAAUGAUCUGGCUAGGUGGUCUUGUUGCUUGAGAGUUGCUCACUGCUGCUCGACAGUCCAAGUUAUCAUGUGUUAAUUAUUAGUUUCAUUUCUUUCUUUGGACUAUCUUUAUGAGGUAUAUUACUGUACUUUGCAGUGCAUCACACAGUGGAUGAUCUCAUUAUUAUAUCAAAGUCCAGAGAUGAUAAUUUUAUCACUGUAA